AUGGUUCAUAUCAAGCCAUUUGCAGUCGAGCAGUGGAUGGAUACAUACGAAACUACUGCAAAGUACAACAUCGCAGAAACAUGUGCCGCAUCUGUCUCGGUCAAUGAGCUGCGAGAGCUUUCUGAGAAUAAGACUGCCGAGAUAGUGGACUUAUCUACUGUACUGAACUACGGAGAAAUUCGCGGCAACGAGACUCUACGUUCAAAUCUUGCAAGGCUAUACUCUUCUAGAUCUGGCAACCCACUGCCGAAGGAGAAUAUCCUGAUACAACCUGGAGCUAUUGCAGCCAACGCUUUGGUACUCUACACUCUUGUCGGCCCCGGCGAUCAUGUGAUUUGUCAUUAUCCCACUUAUCAACAACUAUACGACUACCCAGCAUCACUAGGCGCCGAGGUGGAGUUGUGGAAGGCCACACCGGAGAAGCAAUGGGCACCGGACUUUGAGGAACUGAAGGGCAUGAUCAAGGAUAACACCAAACUGAUCAUUCUCAACAACCCAAACAACCCAAGUGGCGCUGUCCUCAAGAAGACAUUGCUGCAAGAAAUCGUCGAAUUGGCCAGAGAGAAGAACAUAACCAUCCUCUCGGACGAGGUCUAUCGUCCUCUGUUCCAUGGUGUCACUCCUGCCGAAAACGAGUUUCCUCCCUCAAUCUUGUCCAUGGGCUACGAAAACACCAUCUGCACAGGGUCACUCUCAAAGGCCUACUCGCUAGCCGGCAUCAGAACUGGCUGGGUUGCAUCACGCAACCGCGAUCUGAUAGAGAAGUUUGCCGAAGCCCGUGAUUACACCACCAUCAGUGUAGGCAUUCUGGACCAACAAGUAGCCGCUUUCGCCUUGGAUCAAGACUGUAUACACAGUUUGCUAGGCAGAAACAUCGCCCUCGCACGCACGAACCUGGAGUUGCUAGAGCGAUUCGUCAUCAAGCACGAUGAAUACUGCACUUGGGUCAAGCCAGUGGCAGGAACAACUGCAUUCAUCAAGUUCUGUCGGGACGACAAGCCAAUCGAUGCUAGAGAGUUUUGCAAGCAAUUGCAGGAAAAGACGGGUGUCAUGUUCCUUCCCGGAGAUUGCUUUGGCGAAGAAUUCAAGGGCUAUGUCAGAAUUGGAUAUGUGAACAGGACCGAUGUAGUCAAGGAGGGACUUGAACAGGCUCGAUUGUUCAUGCGCAAGGAGUUUGACGAUAUUCCUCUUGCGGCUUGA